CUUAUUAUUAUUAUUUUUUUACAUUCUCUUCUAAAUAUUUUCUUUCAUUUUUUUUUUCUUGAUUUCUAGUCGGUUUCAAAACCAUAAAUAAACUCUCAAAAUCUCACCGGUUUCGAACCUAACACCUGCCCUUCUCAUCCUCUAUCAAUCUUCUUUGUUUUCUGAAUCCACUGUUAACAAAUAACAUUCUUUCUUUGACGAUACUUGCUUCUAUUCUCGUAAGUCUUUUCAUAUUAUCCAUUCUUUUCUUUUCAUUUUAUUUUAUUUUCUUUUACAUAGACGUUCCUGAGGUUUGUUUGGCUGCCGGGGAACUGGGAGAUAAGUAUUGGCCUCAUGAGCUCUUCGGAUUGGAAGUUUUCUGGGUUUUUCUCACCAACCAAAAAUACUUCAUUUUUGUUUUUGUUUUCAUCGGUUUUUGUUUUUUUGAUGAUUUUCGCAGGAUAUAUUGGUUCCAGUUUUACUGAACAGCUAGUGAGAAGCUUUGUUUUUUGUUUUUAAUUUUCUUUCAGGUAUUUAAAUCUCUGUACUUUGUAUUAGCUCUUCAAGAUCUUGUUUGGAAGAAAGGCAAAGCACUGAUUGUGUAAUAUCUCCAUAGCUCCAAAUAAGCACCCGGAAACAUUAAAAUAAAGCUGGCAACAAUGAUGUCAAGAUCUUGCAUAAAUUUGUUGGACUUAGCAUCUGGAGAUAUGUUGAAUCUCCCUCGAACUCCCAGAUCUCUCCCAAGAGUGAUGACUGUACCAGGAAUCUUUUCUGACACAGAUGGCGAUGGAAGCAAUGAUGGAGAUUCAGAUGCUCCAUCAUCUGGAUGCGGCAAGAAGCAAAUUAUAGUGGCAAAUUUUCUUCCUCUACAUGCUCAAAAGGAUUUAAAUUCGAGCAAAUGGUCAUUCAGCUUUGAUGAGGAUUCAAUUUUGUUACAAAUGAAGGACGGAUUCUCAAUUAAUACAGAGGUUGUUUAUGUGGGAUCCCUGAAGGUUGAUGUAGAUACAAGUGAACAAGAAGAAGUUUCCCAGAAACUGCUGGAGGAAUUUAACUGUGUGCCCACAUUUCUUCCGCCUGAUCUACACAAAAAGUUCUACCAUGGAUUCUGUAAGCACCAAUUAUGGCCCCUUUUCCAUUAUAUGCUGCCAAUGUUCCCUGAUCAUGGCGAGCGUUUUGACAAAUUGCUUUGGCAGGCCUAUGUCUCGGCUAAUAAAGUUUUUGCAGAUAAGGUUAUGGAAGUGAUCAAUCCUGAAGAAGAUUAUGUUUGGGUUCAUGACUAUCACCUAAUGGUGCUCCCUACUUUCUUGAGGAAGCGUUUCUAUCGAAUUAAGCUUGGCUUCUUUCUUCACAGUCCAUUUCCCUCAUCAGAAAUUUACCGAAAUCUGCCAGUCAGAGAUGAAAUACUGAAAGCGCUACUUAAUGCAGAUUUAAUUGGUUUUCAUACAUUUGAUUAUGCUCGUCACUUUCUGUCCUGUUGUAGCCGAAUGUUGGGCCUAGACUAUGAAUCAAAACGGGGUCAUAUUGGACUCGAGUAUUUUGGCCGCACAGUAUACAUCAAAAUUUUGCCUGUGGGAGUGCAUAUGGGCCGACUAGAAUCUGCUCUGAAUCACCCCUCUUCUUCCAUCAAGGUUAAAGAAAUUAAAAAACAGUUUGAGGGGAAAAGGAUUAUUGUUGGAGCUGAUGACAUGGACAUUUUCAAGGGCAUUAGUCUGAAAUUGUUAGCCAUGGAACAUCUUUUACAGCAAAAUCCAGAGUUGCGGGGAAAAGUUGUCAUGGUUCAAAUUGUAAAUCCUGCAAGGAGCUCGGGAAAAGAUGUACAAGAAGCAAAAAAGGAGACAUACUCGAUUACCAAAAGGAUAAACAGGAUUUUUGGUUUUCCAGGAUAUGAACCUGUGGUCCUGAUUGAUCGUCAUGUGCCUUUUUAUGAGAAAACAGCUUACUAUGCAUUGGCUGAAUGUUGUAUUGUAAAUGCAGUGAGGGAUGGAAUGAACCUGAUCCCAUAUAAGUACAUUGUGUGUAGGCAGGGGACUCCUAAGAUGGAUGAAGCUCUGGGAAUCAAUCAUCAAUUGCCUCAUUCAAGUACAAUUGUUGUUUCAGAGUUCAUUGGUUGCUCGCCAUCUCUAAGUGGUGCAAUAAGAGUAAAUCCAUGGGACGUUGAAGCUGUGGCAGAUGCUUUAAAUCUGGCCCUCACCAUGCCCGACUUAGAGAAGCAGUUGAGACAUGAGAAGCACUAUCGUUAUAUUAGCUCUCAUGAUGUGGCUUACUGGGCCCGCAGUUUUAUGCAGGACUUAGAGCGAGCGUGCAAAGAUCAUUACAGCAAACGUUGCUGGGGUAUUGGUUUUGGUCUGAAUUUUAGGAUUUUGUCACUUUCACCAAGCUUUAGGAAGCUUUCAAAUGAACAUAUUGUCUCUGCAUACAAGAAGACAUAUAGAAGGGUGAUAUUUUUGGAUUAUGAUGGAACAGUGGUGCCUCAAACUUCCAUUGUUAAAACUCCCAGUUCUGAAGUUAUAUCAGUCUUGAACAACCUUUGUAGUGACCCUAAGAACACUGUGUUUAUUGUUAGUGGAAGGGGGAAAGAUCCUCUGAGUGAUUGGUUUGCUCAAUGUGAGAAUCUGGGUAUAGCAGCGGAGCAUGGAUACUUAAUGAGGUGGAAUAAGACGUCCAGUUGGGAAACCAGUUCGUUGGUGGCAGAUUUUGAUUGGAAAAGAAUUGCUGUACCUGUGAUAAAAUUGUAUACAGAAGCAACUGAUGGUUCCUAUAUAGAGACCAAGGAGAGUGCCUUGGUUUGGCAUCAUCAGUAUGCUGAUCCAGAUUUUGGAUCUUGCCAGGCCAAAGAACUGUUGGAUCACCUCGAAAAUGUCCUUGCAAAUGAGCCGGUAGUUGUGAAGAGGGGUCAGCAUAUAGUUGAAGUAAAGCCACAGGGAGUUACUAAAGGUCUUGUUGCAGAGAGAGUUCUUUCUGCAAUGAUUAAUAAUGGGAAAUCCCCAGAUUUUGUGAUGUGCAUUGGGGAUGAUAGAUCUGAUGAAGACAUGUUUGAAAGCAUAUCAAGAACAGCUUCUAGUUUGUCAUUUUGUUCAGCUCCAGAGAUCUUUGCAUGCACUGUUGGCCAAAAACCAAGCAAAGCUAGAUACUACUUAGAUGACACUGUUGAUGUACUAGCAUUGCUUCAAGGUUUGGCUAAUGCUUCGAGUUCGAAGUUGAGGGUUAGCACAGAAGUACAAGUUUCUUUUGACAACUUGGUUUGAUAUGUUAUAAGACAUUGUCCUUUUAGCGGAUGGAUACUGCGCAAAGAGGUGCAACGACCGAAAAUGCAUUACUUCUUGAUACAAUUCAGAGGUUUCUCAUGACGUAGCUGUUAAAACUUAGUCAUCACAUACAGUGGCCUGACACCAAUGCCACCAUUGGGCUUUUUGUGGGAGAGAUUAGACUGGCAUACCUUUUUUUUUUUUUUUUCUUUUCCUUAACUUAUAUAUUUUUUGUUUCUUUUUUUCCAUAGAAUGCAGGGCUGGGGGCUGGUGUAUGUAUGUUGUGGUUCGGAAAGAAAAAGAUUGUGCAGUUCUCUGAUUUAGAGUUCAUACCAGUGGGGAGACCUUUCUUGUUUACAUGAACUGGUUUUGCUUUAUACAUGAUAGGCAUUCUUUACUGUUCAUUUUAUGGAGAAUGCUUGCUACUGUGUCACUUACAGGUUACAGCCGUCUACAUUGGGCCGACUUUAAUGUGGUCUGAAUAUAUUUUGGAUUUAGUUCUACGUACAACUAACUGGGGAACAAGAUAGUUAGAAAAGCAGUUAGUAGUUAAGAAUUAGAUGCAACAAAAGAAACAGUAUCUAUGCUGAACAUGUGUACAUGUGCAGACAUCAAUUGAAUAAUAGAUUAACAGAAUUCUCUUUCCUAUCAUACGAGGUUGUGGCUAUGCCAUAACAGAUUUUGGCAGGACAUGUUAUUUUAUGAGUGGAUGCUCCGCAUGAAGGCAUAUGCUAAUUACUUUCCCAUAAUAAUUCAUCAGAUGAUAAACCUUAAUUGAUGUGAUUUAUUUGCCUUGUCAGCGACAUCAGUGAAAGUAUUGAAUAUAACAAAUGGGGCACACCAUCAUAUUUUUUCUUUUUUUUAAAAAAAAAAAUCUAUAUUAUGAUACGAACCAAUCAGCUACGCAAAUGGAAUCCCCAUUAGUUGGUUAUUUUCUUCAAUAUCCUAAAACACUUUUAAUUUGUUUGUAUCUGAUAAACAAGUCCAAUGGAUUAUCUUUAAGGGCUUACAUCACCUAAUUGAUUAGUGCCGUCUGUGUUAGCACAUCCAUAAUUCCACUAAUGUUAUUUUCAAUUAGGUAAUCACUGCCUUCUUCAUUUCCCCAUUUUUCCUUUUAAUUUUUUAGGUAAACCUAUAAUUAAUUAUAGCCCUUGUUCCGUAAGGGUCACCUAACUCAAUUAUUAAAAAAAAAAAAAGAUUCUUUUUCUAAUUACAAUGAUACAGUAAAAUUCAUGUUUAAUAUCCAUUAUUGAUUAAAAUCAUAAUUUUGAUUUGAAGUAAAGGACAUUGAAUUAAUUAGUCUAUCUUCUUAAUUAACAACUCAAUCUGACAGGUUGGCAGAUUCUUCCUCGCGUAAUUUCCUUGUAAGCGAGACCCCACCAUCUUUCCUGGUGAUGGGACCCAAUAAAAAUCCCACCUAAUAUAGCUCGCGAAGCACCCGAUAACCACCAACCUCAUUCAGUAAUGAAAUCUUGACUAACCCCUGACUUCCAUUUUAUCACUAAAAAGGAAAAACUCUCCCACUCCGUAACCGGCACUUCCCCUUCCCCGUUUACUUUCCGUUACAAUUCAUCUUCUCCGCCGAUAUAAAGUCUCCGCAGACACAAGUCUCUCUCGCUAACUAGGGUUGAAUAAUUCAAUUGUGCUUCUGUUGAUUUUAUGGGAGCAGAAGAUCCAGAGAUGGCCCAUAUAGGCCCAGACUCCAUCCCUCCACAAUCAUCCAAUUCUCUCCUCGCAAACACUCGCUGCUGCUUCUGUUUCCCCUGCUUCGGCUCUCGACGUUCUUCCUCCGUCAGGUUGGCCUGGUGGGAACGGGUCCGAUCCUCCAGAGGUCAUAGCGAUGACGAUAAUCCCUGGUGGGCUCCGGGUGUUAGGGCUAUCAAGAAGAUCCGAGAAUGGUCGGAGAUCGUUGCUGGACCCAGAUGGAAGACUUUUAUCCGGAGAUUCAAUAGAAACAGAGGGAGUGGCAACAGCAGACACGGCAAGUUCCAGUACGAUCCUUUGAGUUACGCUUUGAACUUCGAUGAGGGGCCCGGACAGAACAGUAAUUUCGAUGAGGAAGACGACUACGGCGGUUUUCGCGAUUUCUCUUCCAGAUACGCCUCUGUUUCCGGCUCCGGUAAGCCGUUGGCAAUGGACGCGUCCAGUAACAAGGACGUGGCGCUGAUCGCGGUCGCGUGAGGGGAAAAGCAAAGGAAAAACGCAAAAUUACAAGAUGCGCCGUGGUUUCUAGCCUGCGCCGAGAUGCGUUGGAUAACAGCUGUAGUGUUGACUUGGUGACGUAACGUGGCGGCGGUGGUGAUGCUCCUUCAACAGUCCAUUCUUUAUGAGUUUUGUUUGGUUGAAUAAUAAUAUAAUUAGACAUAUAAUUUGGAUGAUUGACGCAGCUAUGGUCUGUACUUUACGUUUUCUAUUUUGGGAUUGUAUUUGAUGUUAGCGUGUAAAGACGGAGAGGAUGAUGAGGAUGUAGAGAAAGGUGUAGUUAAUGGAUUGUUCGUUGGGUGUAUAUUAUUAUAAAAUUUGAUUUGAUUUUA